AUGUUUGAAAUUUUAUCACUAACUUUAAACAGCCCGGGCGUUACGGCGGUGGCCCGCGCCAAUGGCGUCAGUGGUCCAGUCGCCCACAAACUUAGGAACUACUUACGGCAGAAGGCUCUGAAGAUGGACGCGUUCAUUGCGGAAUUAGUGAAGGCGUCCGAGUACUACGGCGCCAAGCACAUGCAAGAGGCGCUGAUGACCACGCUUGGCAUCAACGCCUUGGAGUCGAGCACACUCGUUCGUGUUCUUGUCCCCAAGGACAACAACAAGCGCCGGAACAGACUCCCAAAGGUUCAGCAGGAAGACAAGGCUACGGACGACGCUGUCUAUGACGUCUUGAAGGCGAAGCUGCAGAACGCGAUGGCAAACCACCAGUCAGAGAAGAAGAAGUCGGACUUCUUCAAGGCCAUCGGACUGACGACUGCAGAUAAGGCUCAGCUCGAGACCGUGGCGACCUUGGAUGCCAUCCAUGCGACCGAGCUCUUUAAGGAGUGGGUGCCUGACCAUGUCGAGGUCAGCACUCAGCCAGCAGGUCAGGAACGCAAGAAGAGCAACCACACGGCUGCAACGGAGGGCCAGGCCAACGUUAUGGAGACGCAGCAGGAGCCCCUCGGCCAGAAGAGCAGCCGCCAGGAUGGGGAUGAGGGAGAUGAUGGGGACUACAGCGGGGAGGACGAGGGCGAGGGCAGGGAGGACGAGGGCGAGGGUGGGGAGGACGAGGGAGGGGAGGAUGAGGGAGGGGAGGAGGAGGAGGGGACGGGGGGCAAAGUCCUGCUCGAGGAGUACGGCAGAAGCAAAAGCCAGAAGGUCCACAGCAAGUCCGUGCCUCAACCAACUGGGCGCCGCAAGGUCACCAGGACCGGAAAACAUGACAAAGGUAAAUUGUAGCUCCAACAUGACAAUAAAUUACGACUACACACGGAACUUACUAACAACAAGGCAAUUAAUUACGACUACACAUAAAAAUUAAUUUCUGAAUCACUCUCACUUAUUGUAGGGGCAUUGGAUGGCAGAGGGCAGCCCACGCGCCUGAGGCAAUCCUCGGCUAAGGCUAGGGAGAGCCAAGAAACGGUGGCCAUGGUGGUGCCUGCUCGAACCAAACGUCCACGCCCUAAGGAAACCCCACUGGUGUUGCCGGAGGACCCAUCAGCUUUCGGGGCCACAGCGUCAAACCCCGCAAAGAGGAAGGAAUCGUUUGGUGUCGGUAACGGCCGAGCUGUACAGACCCGCAGGGCUAAGGUGCAGUAGGAGAAGGGCAAGAAGGCCAUGGCAGAGAUUCGGAAGGGGGGGCUGAAGAAGCAGCGGAGGUAGCAGACCGCGGGCAGUGAUCAGGAACCUGGAGGGCGCCU